GUCGGAGGUUACCCUUUUCUCGUCGCUUCUCCGCAUGGCUGCAAAGGGCUGCAGUGAAGCCAGCGCGGACGUGCAUGAUAGCGGCGGAGAAAUCUCGGCCCUCGCCGGCGUGAUCUAUAGAUAUCCCUCCUCCGGACACGAGCGUUAGGCCGCCGAUCGGAUUGCGUGUUCCGGCGGCCGUCCCGGCAGCGUCUGGGCCGACGUCGACGUUGGAGAAAUGGCCGCCCUCUUUUCGGUGCUCGAGUACUCGAAGUGGUAGCCGCCCGUGCGUGCGUACACCGCUACGCGGUCGCGACCUGCGCACGCUCGGCGCCGUGCUGCUGUAAAAACGCUUCGCUCGCUGACGUAAAGGAAGCAGAGAAGGCACGCGCGUCGACGAAAAAAAAAAGAACGAAAGGUAGUGCCUGUCGCUGACAGGAGGCGGAAAUGCGAUUACGCCUGACCCACGAGAGCUAAGACACGGUUUGAGCUGGCUGCGUUGGCACGCUUCUCCUGGCCAGCUCACCAUCACUCACGAAAGAAAGCCACAAAUAAAGAUUAGAGAGCAGGAAGGAGGCGUUUAUCUGCCGCACAAAAUAGUAUAAGCGGCUACACUCGCACGAGAAGGUGAAAUGGGAGAGGCGCUGCUGACACAGUUCGGCAGCAAUUUUAUUCGUUUGCCUGUUGUCUAAGCUUUGGAUUGAGAUGUUUCAAAGAACACUACCCGCUGAAAACCGUGCGUAGUUGUCAUUUACCGGUUGGGAUGCGCGCCAAACAUUCUGCGUGUUUGGCGACGGCUUUCUCGCACCUUAAGAACAGCGUCGGCGUUUCAACCGCUCGAGCCACGUACCGUUCGCGAGGUGAAAUUUAACGUAAGCAUAUCUUCGGAUGGACUAGCAUAAAAUUGUUCUGCGAAAACGGGGCACGAUGAAAAAUUAUUAAAAAAAUCAAACGACAUUUAAUUAGGCAUAGUUUGCAGCGCAGUUUGCGCAUAAUGCUUGUGUCGUAAUGGAACAACACAGUGCACCGAAAAGACGAGAAUACGCGAAGAAAGAAUACUACUCGAAUACUAGAAUAUUAUGACGGAUAAAAAUACAACAAAGGAACCAACAUCAGAAUACUGAAGCGGCAACUUUCGACAAGCAGCGAAAUGAAAACAUCACUUAAAUCAAAGGCUUUACUGUGUGCGCAGUACUACUGGACAAAGAUGGUAAUCUGACAAAAACGAUUCUUCGCGACGUUUCUUCAAAAGUGUACAAACUGCCUAUCUGUUGGACACAAGUAAAUGAACAAGCUAAGUUUUAGCCACGAACGCAACAUGGCCAUAUGGCCGUAGUAGUAAGAUAGUUUCCCGUUGUCGAUAGAGAAGGGGUGGUCGCAAAAACACAGAGGCAGUUACGGCGAGUGGUACGACACCGUAUGACCGUCGGUGCUCUACUAUAAUGUUCUGGAGAAACGCUUGCCGCAUUACUUUUCUCAGGCUGUGAAACAAGCCACACACUGACAGCCUCGACGCCAUGAUACCAUUGGAACUGUGCGGCGCGCUGCUCGACGAACGGCGUCGCAGCAGUUCCGUUCCCCGCCCUCUGAGUGCGCCGGCGUGCCUGAACCACAUGUCCCAGGAGUGUCCCGAGUUCGCGCACCUGUGUUGCGCUCGCCGCCACCACCAGUGUCAAGUGGGCGGCGCGUCCAGGGACAAACAAGAGCAGGACGCCGCCGCCGCUGUCGUCAAGGCGGGCACGAUUCGCCAGCACUACUACCCCGAGGGCGGCUGGGGAUGGACGGUGUGCGCGUGCGGAUUUCUCGUGCAUCUCCUCUCCGACGGCCUGCUCGCGUCGCACGGAUUCAUGAUCGUAGUGGUGCAAAAGAAGUUCAGGGACGCUGCGCCUUCCUCGGCACACGGCACCGGGUCUGCCAUGAAGUUGGUGUGCCUGGGCGCCGUGUCGACCGCCGUGGCGCUGUUCCUGUCCCCCGCCGUGGUGGGGGCCUGCCGACGCAAGAGCACCCGCAUGGUGGCCGUGCUAGGGGGACUGGUGGCCGCGCUGGGCUGCCUCUUCUCGUCGUUCGCCUCGCAGUUCCACCAGCUGUUCAUCAGCUACGGCCUGGUGCUCGGGUGCGGCGUCGCCAUGACCCGCGACACGUCCAUGUUCAUGGUGGGCCAGUACUUCAAGAAGCGCCGCGAGCUCGUCGAGCUCCUCCUCGCCGCCGGCACGGGGCUCGGCGUCGCCGUCGUGCCCAUCUUCAUCGUCGAGUGCAUACGGGUGGUGGGCUGGAGGCUGGGUCUACAGGCGCUAACGGGCACCGUGUUGGUGUUGUUUGUGCUGGGGGUGUUCUAUCGGCCGGCGUCCCUGUACCACCCGCAACGGCGCGCCAUCCUGCACCUCAAAAGCAUGCAGCGCCGUUCCAAGGCCAAGGACCGAGGCUCACAGGCCUCCGAACGGCCUCCUUUCAUCGACUACGCAGUGUUGCGAUCUCGCACCGUCCAGAUCCUCGUCGCAGGAACUGCGCUAGCGGCUUUUGGGGUCACCACGCCUCUCGUGCUUCUAAUGCAUCUCGGCGAACAAGAGGGCCUCGAACGUUCGUCGCUCCUGCUUCUCCAGGCGUUCUUGGGCAUCGCCAGCGCCAUCGGCAGCGCCGCCUUCGGCCUCAUCGUCAUCAAGAACAGCGUGCAGUGCCUCAUCGCGCGCCAGUACUUGUGCCAGGCGGCCGCGUUCAUGAUCAGCGCCUCGCUGCUCGCCUUCACGGCGCUCCACCAGUACCACGGCUACCUGCUGUUCGUGUGGAUAUACGGCGUCUUUCUGGGCGGGUACCAGUACUCGCUCAAGAUGUACACCCUCGAGAAAGUCCGUGCACGCAACUUCGCCAAGACCUGGAGCUUCGUCCAGUGGUGCCAGUCUGUGCCCGUGCUCGUGGGCGUCCCGCUGGCGGGGCUCCUCAACGAGCAGUUUGGAGGCCGUACUGGCUUCUACGUGUCCUCGGCGUGUUCCUUCCUGGGAGCGAUGUCGCUCUUCCUGAUAGACCUGCACAAGAAGCGCAGCCGGCGCAGCCAGCUACGGCCCGACUGCCGCCGGUGUUCGGACGCCCCGCCAGCCGCGGCGGCCGGUGACGGCGCGGGCGCGUCGUCGUCGCGCCGCUCCUCGUUCCAGGACUCGCUGUGUCACGAGGCGAGGCUGCAGCAGCGAAGCUUCACCUUCAGCAACUACGCCGACCUGCGGCGCCAGGAGCUCACCUGCAUCUCCGAGGAGGCCAUCAUGGACAACUUCCUCGAGGACUUCAUCGACGACUGCAUCACGUCGUGCAACAAGGAGGAGAAGUACCUCAUGCUGAGCGAGUACGAGAACAACCUGAACAAGACGCAGGAGACCCUGGAUCGACGCGUGCGAGGCGUGCGUCGCGCUUCCAUCAUACUCCCGUACAAGUACGACCAGUGUCCCAGCUGCAUGCGACUCGUGCCCGUUCAGAGCAACGGAGAGCCUGCGCCCAGGUCCUCGCCGCGGAGGCUGCAGAAGCCUUCCGUAGACGUCAUCGAGGAAGUCACCACUUCUCUUUGACGACUCUUGCCAUAAGUGAUGUCUGCUCGAAAAAAGACCUGGCAUGUUGCGAAGACUUCAGUGCUCAACCUGCUCGAGAUACCUUAUGCGAGAAUGCGAGGAAGAACUCGCGGUGAAAAGUCUCAGCAGUUGUGCAUGACGGAUCGAGAUCUCGACACGUUAUUGGCCAAUUGCACGAAACCGUCGACCGUGUGCUGCGGCAUUUCUUUUUCGGCGCUCCUAAGCCGCACUAUUUAUUUCCCGUGAAAGACGGCGAGAGAUAUUUCUCGCUGGGUGCUGCAGAUGAGACCUUAACCGAUGUGACUGGAUUGUGGACGUGUUUAACUAGCGCCUUCAGUGACUGCAAUAAGGUGGCCAUGUUUUCAAGAGCACUUGUGAUGUAUGCUAGUGAGCGCAUAGUGUCAGCAACGUUCGCGUAAUUCUGUAGCAUCAGCACUUCGCACGAGAGCGCCUGCCAGCGGCAGUCUACACGAGAAGAGUAAAGUGGGCAAGUCUUGUGUUUUGCGACACCUUCCAUUGGGUGUGCUCACCUUGUACUGCACUCGAUGGACGAUGUCAAAGUAAUCCAUAUAAUGGGAAGGUCGCUGACGUGCACAGCAGAUGUAAUCCACGUAGUGCGUCCCGAAAACCACCACGAAACAUGGUCACGAAAGCGAGUAAGAAUUAAGAACGAUAUUUUUUCACGCAUCUCUUUAAGCUAUGAAUCAUUGGGCCUUUUUUUUUAUUUGGUUCACCAAAAUUCGCUCUAUGUAAAUGCGUAUACAUCGUCAAAGCAUGUAAAGCCAUCUGAACAAAUACAUUUAUGAGAUUGAGUGAAGAAAGAUGACAAGCUCUCGUUAGCCACGUGUUUAUACCGAAUGAUCUUCCGCAGAAGUUAGUGCCAUAUUUAUCAGUUUGUUACAGCACUUUCCGUAGUGCUGUGGAAUACUAUAAUGAGUCAAUAAUCUGUAAAAAUGCUUCAUGAGGCAGAGAAACGUAGAUCUGCAAGUUUUGUAAGAAACGCUUGCUGUCGUUUUGUACAUGUGCAACUGGAAUAGUACACACCUUGCUUUCUAACAGAAUCAUGACAAAUUAGAAGUUUUUAAAAGUUACACAUGUAGGUGUACAUUUGUUCAUAGUAUAUGGGCCCAUAAUCGGGUUGCCACUUUCCAUUGCACGUACAGUAGCAUUGCGUGCUACGUAAGUUUUCUUUCUUCUAUGUGUACAAUUAAGUACAAUUAAAUGUCACACUGCCAGCAACGACA